AAUUAGUUUCACUCACCAGACAAUCUCAGUUGCUCAUUAAACAAAUCAAUGACAGCGUUGCACGACACAUCGACCGUGUUGACGGCAUUUGACGUGUCUCCGUCAACACAACAAUGGCGGAUGCAGUAGAGGAAGCUCUUCAGGGCAGCUGGGACCAGGAUCUAGCUGAGGCGCUGGACUCUGGCGGCUCUGACAUGGAGAUGGAGAGAGGCAUCAUACAGGUCCAGGAGCAUUCAGUUCAACACAGGGCCAAGAUGUGGAAGAUUGCUCUAAAUGUCUCUGGAAAAGGAGACAGCCUGUCGCCCUGGGACGGCGUCCUCGAUUUACCAGAACAGACCCUCAUUCACAACCGCAGUCAACAGCUGAUCGACCAGCUGGAAGUAUCCGAGGAAGAGAGGAGUGAUAUGGUGUCUGAUGUUGAGUCAGUCAUCACUUUCUACUGUAAGUCCCGCAACAUUUCCUUCACCCCGGAGCUGAGCUGGCCUCACCUGCUCAAACCGCUACUGGGGCUUCAGCUUCCUCGCAGCGACCUCUACAACUGCUUCUACGCUAUCAUGAACAAAUACAUCCCCAGGGACUGUGUGCCAAAUGGCCGACCCUUCCACCUGUACAGACUACUGCUGCAGUACCAUGAGCCUGAGCUCUGCUCCUUCUUGGACACCAAAAAGAUCACCCCUGACUCCUACGCCAUCAACUGGCUGGGCAGUCUGUUUUCCAGCCACUGCCUUCCUGAAGUUACCCAGGCCUUGUGGGACUUCUACCUCCAGCAGGCUGACCCCUUCCUCAUCUUCUUCCUCAUGCUCAUCAUCCUCGUCAACGCCAAAGAGGCCAUCCUUACACAAGAAGGAGACAGCAAAGAGGACAUCAUCAAAAUGCUGGAAGCGUCUCCUUCUCACCUGGAGUCCGAGGACAUUGAAGAUUUGUUUUCUCUGGCCCAGUAUUACCAGAGCAAGACCCCUUUGUCACUGAGAAAGAUGAACCAGAAUCUGUUUGGUAGCAGCCUGGUGGCUCUGAAAGAAGAGGACACUGACCUGAGUCAGGCACUGUGUCUCCCUGUGUCUGUCCCUGAGAUCCUGCAGGCCAACCAGCUGCAGCAGGAUGGGGUACGUUUCUUCGUGGUGGAUUGUCGGCCUGCGGAGCAGUACAACUCUGGGCACCUGUCCACGGCCUUCCACCUGGACUCUGACCUGAUGCUCCAGAACCCGUCUGAGUUUGCUCUCUCUGUGAAGUCCCUGUUGGAGGCUCAGAAGCAGUCUUUGGAGUCCGGCUCCAUCGCCAGCGGAGAGCACCUCUGCUUCAUGGGCAGUGGGAGGGAGGAGGAGGACAUGUACAUGAACAUGGUGUUGGCCCACUUCCUACAGAAAAGCAAAGAAUAUGUCAGCAUUGCUAAAGGAGGUUUCAUGGCCCUCCAAAAGCAUCUGGUAGACAUGAAUGUUGAGGGUCUCGACUCUUCAUACGUCCACUGGAUCGUCAGCACGUCAGGAUCUCACAGCAGCCUCAGCUCUGCUGAUGGAGAGUCACUAAGUAGCCCUGGAGACAGCAAAGGUGUCAAGUCUUUGGUCAACAAAAUGACGUUUGCUCUCAAGUCCAAGUCAGUAAACGUAAAGGAGAAGAUGAUCAGCUUCAUUGAGAAUACCUCCACCCCUGUAGAAAGAAUAUCUUUCAAUCUGCCCUGGCCAGAGAAGGUGACUCCAGAUCGGCAUGUGAGCAGCAGCGACCGCGUUGGCAAACCUUACCGCGGGGUGAAGCCCGUUUUCAGUAUUGGUGAUGAAGAGGAGUAUGAUACAGAUGAGAUCGACAGCUCAUCUAUGUCAGAUGAUGACAGGAAGGAGAUUGUCAACAUUCAGACAUGGACUAACAAACCAGAUGUAAAGCAUCACAUUCCAUGUAAUGAGGUGAAAGAAACCGGUCACAUGUUCCCCAGCCACUUGUUGAUCACAGCGACUCACAUGUACUGCCUGCGGGAGAUCGCCUCAAGGAAAGGCUUUGCCUACAUCCAGUCCAGACAAGCACUGAACUCUGUGGUGAAGAUCACAUCCAAAAAGAAGCACCCAGAACUGAUUACAUUCAAGUUUGGCAGCAACAACUCAGCUGGAGUGGAGAUAUCGGCAGUUGAGAGAUAUUUGAUACCCAACGCAGGCGACGCCACCAAGGUCAUUAAGCAGCAGAUCAUGAAAGUCCUAGAUGCUCUGGAGAGCUCGUAAAGGGAGAUGACGGGGUCGUGACGGCCAGCCGUAACACUAACUGUAAGAAGAGUCUCUGUCUGCCGAGAGUGAAACCGUCUCCCGCUCUCCCUCGGCUGUCCUCCCUCCUGGACAGAUCCAGUGCAGUGUUGUCUGUGUUUGGGACAUGGGGGUACACUGCUGACUGCAGGCCUGUGGGGCAGGCUGUGUGUGUUGAAAUAUUUAGGUGCUCCGCAGUCAUCCAACCAUUCUUACACUAAGUUAAACAAUAUUGGUUAUACUGUACGUUUUUCUUUAUUAUUGAUAAAACAUUAUUACAGUGCAAUUCCACUUUGGCAACUUCCCUCUGGCCUUAAGGUAGCGUACUGACAGAGCUGUUCAAUCACUACAUGACUGACCCUUUCCUUUGACUCGAGCAUCUCAAUUCUGACCCGUUUGUUUUGUAGUUAACAGUAGUACCGCUCAGUCAUGUCUCUUAAUUUACAUUUCAGAUUUGUUGAGGGUCAAUUUAAUGAUCAGUGUUCUGGUCAGCAAGCUCAAACAUUAAGACGCACAUUCCCCCCCCACCAAAAAAAGCAGUGCUGACACGUGAGGCAGGUUUCCUACCGCAACAACUGUUUUUGGUAACUUUGAUUUUCCAGCAGGCAGCCUUAAAUAGAAAUUAUUUGAGGAUGUUUAUAAAUACGUGAUGUUUAUAUUGUGUAAACUGCUCUAUAUCAGCACAGACCUUUGCAAUGUCAUUUUGAAAGCAUAUCCUGAUAGAAUAUGCAAUGAAACUUAAACUGGCUUCAAAACCAGCUCACAUAGUUUGAAGUUCCCCUUCCUUUCUAGAGUAAGAAGUAAGCCUUUUACAGAGUUUCUGGGAGAUGAUUAAUUUUGCUUUUACAUAUAAUAAUGAAUUAACCUCAUCUCAUAGCAGUUUGAUGUAGCUCUCAGAAAGCACAGCCCCUCUGGACUACAUUAGUAUUACAACAGGAGGUUCAGUGAUUGCAGUUAUUAAGAGCCUGAGCGCCUCGGUAUUUUUCCGUUCAGAUUCAGUAUGGGAAUGAUUUUCAGUUAACGUGAUUAAAAAUGUCCAGGUGAAAUAAAUCACUGAUCAUGUUAGCAUCUGGAAGGCUAUUAUUGUAAUUGAAGCAACACCAUUCUAACUUCUAUUUAGAAAGAAAAAGAUCGCUGUAACAAGGACUGUGCUUUGCACUCUUAAGCACAGCUUUGAAAGGAAUGAAAAGAUUGUAAAAAGGAAAGUCAUUAUAUAUCUAUGUUUUCAAAUCAGUCUGUCUUCUCCAUUGUAUUAGUCGAAACUAAGCAGCGUUAGUUUGCUUGCCACUGUUGCCUUCGGCCUCAUGCCUGUGAUGUGUGAUAUUGGCACCAGCAGUGGCAACAUAUCACAGUAUAGAUUGCUGCUUCUCCUCUAAUCUUCUGUUUUGGACUUUUCCUCGCUUUGUACUUGCUUACUUUAUUAAUUUGCGUUGAAUACUAGUUGUGUAGGCAGCCUGGGUUUAAAGUGUCAAAGACUCUAAAGUGAUGCAGCACCUUCCUGAUAGCUCCAGUUGAAACUUCUGUCCAGAGAGGCUUUAUCCCUUCUAUUAUUUAUAAUAAUUAAUUAAAUAAAUUGAAUUAGGGGAGAGGUCAGCAUAUGGCACAUUUAAAAUAUGGACAACCAAAACUUGAACUAAAGACUCAUGAAUCUUGUCUGUCUUCACUCCAGUCUUUCAUAGCAUUCCCAUGUAAUCCAUGCAUUGUGUUGUCAUUUUGUGAUAUUUUUCAGUAUUGACUGGAACAUCGUUGAUCGGGAGUCUUAACAUUACUUUGUAACAUCACUGGCAAAGGAUGUCACCACUAGUCGAAAUGCAACAUGUCUCAAGUGUAAUUUGCACCUUACUGUACUGCUAUUAUUUUCUAAGCGUUUGUUUUUAAUAAAUGGAGAUUAUUCGACUGCA